UCAACCUAGAGAGCUUUGAAGAUCAGAAAGCUUGCAGCUGGGCCUCAAGACACUGCUGGGGUCUCUAGGACGGUGGGAUGAACAGACCCUUUAAACCGAUUUGGAUUUCCCCCCUCCCCUGUGCUGUCUGCUCGCAGCUGGAUGAAAUAAACAUUGCUUUGGUGGACUAGAUCUAGAAAGGACCCAUAUACACUGCUGGCAAAGUUAGCUGAUGGAUACCAGGAUUUGCAACAUGUUUUGGGGGAUGGAAAAGUAGCACCCCGAGAGGUUGGCAUUACCACCCCAACAACCCUUUACCCCCCUUGUAUCGCCCCGACUAGUUACCAUAGGUAAAAACAGUUCUCCAAAGGAAGUGUGAUCCAUUUCAUGCAUCAUGGGGCCCUGCAUAUUUCAUGUCUACACCAUGCUGGUAACAAUAACGUUGACAUCUGCCAUCAGUUUUCCAGAAGACGACGAACCUAUCAAUAUCGUAGACUAUCAUUAUUCCAGGCAAUAUCCAGUAUUUAGAGGACGCCCUUCAGGCAAUGAAUCUCAGCACAGCCUGGACUUUCAACUGAUGCUAAAAAUUCGAGACAUACUUUAUGUUGCUGGAAGAGAUCAAGUUUAUGCCGUAAAUUUAAAUGAGGUCCCGAAGACAGAAAUAACGCCAAGUAGGAGGUUGACAUGGAGAUCAGGACAAGCAGACAGAAAGAAUUGUGCGAUGAAAGGGAAACACAAGGAUGAAUGCCAUAACUACAUCAAGGUUUUUGUUCCAAGGAACGAUGAAAUGGUCUUUGUCUGUGGCACAAACGCAUUUAACCCUAUGUGCAGAUACUAUAGGCUCAGCACUUUAGAAUACGAUGGGGAAGAAAUUAGUGGCUUGGCAAGAUGCCCGUUUGAUGCCAGACAAACAAAUGUUGCCCUCUUUGCUGAUGGGAAAUUAUACUCUGCUACCAUGGCGGAUUUCCAAGCCAGUGAUGCUGUGAUCUAUAGAAGUAUGGGGGAUGGCUUCGCUCUGAGGACAAUUAAGUAUGACUCCAAAUGGCUAAAAGAACCACAUUUUCUCCAUGCUAUAGAAUAUGGGAGUUACAUCUACUUCUUUUUCCGUGAGAUUGCUGUAGAGCACAAUAACUUAGGCAAGGCAGUACAUUCUCGUGUCGCACGCAUUUGCAAAAAUGAUUUGGGAGGUUCCCAGAGAGUGCUUGAGAAACAUUGGACUUCGUUCGUAAAGGCAAGGCUCAAUUGUUCCGUCCCAGGGGAUUCAUUCUUUUACUUUGAUGUUCUACAGUCUAUCACAGACAUAAUAGAAAUCAAUGGAAUUCCUACGGUGGUUGGUGUAUUUACAACACAGCUUAAUAGCAUCCCGGGUUCAGCGGUGUGCGCUUUCACUAUGGAUGACAUUGAGAAGGUAUUCAGAGGAAGAUUUAAAGAACAAAAGACUCCAGACUCUGUUUGGACAGCUGUACCUGAAGACAAAGUACCGAAGCCAAGACCGGGCUGCUGUGCACGGCAUGGCUUUGGUGAAGGUUAUAGGUCUUCUACUGAAUUUCCAGAUGAAACACUGUCCUUCAUCAAGUCCCAUCCCCUGAUGGAUUCUGCCAUUGCUUCCAUCAUUGAAGAACCUUGGUUUACAAAGACCCGCGUCAGGUACAGACUGACUGCGGUGGCAGUGGACCAUUUAGCAGGACCAUAUCUGAACUACACAGUCAUGUUUGUGGGUUCUGAAGCUGGCGUUGUACUGAAAAUUUUGGCCAAGACUACCCCUUUUUCUCUAAAUGAAAGUGUUUUAUUGGAAGAAAUUGAUGCCUACAAUCGCGCAAAAUGUUUUGGGGACGGUGAGGACGACAGAAGGGUCUUAUCCCUCCAGAUGGACCGAGAACACCAUGCUUUAUUUGUGGCAUUUUCUGGAUGUAUUGUGAGGCUUCCUCUUAGCCGCUGUGAACGUUAUGGAUCAUGCAAAAAGUCAUGCAUUGCUUCAAGAGACCCUUACUGUGCGUGGCUAAACCAUGAAACGUGUGGCAGAGUAAAACCUGGAAUGUUCUUUGGAUAUGAACAAGAUGUGGAGUAUGGUAAUACAAUACAGCUUGGAGACUGUCAUGAAAAUUUGCCUCCUACAACUACACCAGAUUACAAAAUAUUUGGCGAUCCAACAUCUGACAUGGAAGUACCCUCCACCCUUGUUACCACAGUGGCAAGUAGCCCAGUCAUUUUGCCUAAAGUGAUUGGUUCUUGGAAACCUAGAAUGACUGGCUCAAGGAAAUAUGUUUUUCAAGAUGACCCAAACAUCUCUGAUUAUGUUGAUCCAUUAACAGGUGUCCCAAAGGGUGUAAGAUGGGAAGUGCAGUCUGGAGAAUGGAACCAAAUGGUCCAUAUGAAUGUUUUGAUCACCUGUGUCUUGGCCGCAUUUGUCCUCGGAGCUUUUAUUGCAGGAAUAGUUGUCUACUGCUACCGGGAGAUGUUCGUACGGAAAUCAAGAAAGAUCCAUAAAGAUGCAGAGUCUGCACAAUCCUGUACUGACUCAAGUGGAAGUUUUGCUAAACUGAAUGGAUUAUUCGACAGCCCUGUUAAAGAAUAUCAGCAAAGCAUUGAUUCGCCUAAACACUACACAAAUAUAUUGACUAGCAGAAAAGAAUUGCCGCCAAAUGGUGAAACAAAGUCUAUAAUGAUGGACAGUCAAGGGCAGCCACCUGAACUAGCUGCACUUCCAACUCCAGAAUCAACACCAGUGCUUCAACAAAAAAGCUUGCAGCCAAUCAAAAACCAAUGGGAAAAGACACACAAUAAUUUAAACAUUUCACGAAAAGAAACGCCUCUUAAAAGUCCUCAAUUUUUUCCUUCCAGCCCUCCUCCUCACUCACCUUUAGCACAUGGACAAAUUCCAAGUGCGGUUGUUCUUCCAAAUGCUACCCAUGAUUAUAAUACAUCAUUUUCAAAUUCAAAUGCACACAAAUCAGACAAAAAACUCCAUAAUAUUGAACAUUCUUUGGUAAAACCAUCAGGUAAGAGAGACCACAGACGUUCAGUGGACUCCAGGAAUACACUGAAUGAUUUUUUGAAACAUCUUAACGACUCUUCUGGAAGUUCUAAAGCUAUUAUGGCAGAUAUUCAGGUGGCUCAUCAGAAUAGUCACCAGGCAGCACAUCAAACUUUAAUGCUUGAUACUAUGGGAAACAUGUCUGAAAUUCCACCUAAAGUUCCAAAUAGGGAAGCUUCCUUAUAUUCUCCCUCUUCUACGCUUCCAAGAAAUAGUCCCACAAAACGAGUGGACGUACCUUCAACCCCAAAUGGGCAAAUGACACCGUCUUUGGAGACACAAAGAGGUUAUCACAAAAACUCUUCUCAGAGACAUUCUAUAUCAGCUCUACCUAAAAAUAUGAACUCACCAAAUGGUGUUUUGAUUUCUAGGCAACCUAGUAUUAACCGAGGAGGUUAUAUGCCUCCCAGUCCUAGUCCAAGAAUGGACUAUAUGCAAGCAACACCUGUCAUUGUUCAUCAACAGACUUCCUUAUCAAGGCAAAGCAGUUAUACAGGACAUGGAACCCUUCCUCGUACAGGAAUUAAGAGGACACCGUCAAUAAAACCAGAUGUGCCACCAAAACCUUCAUUUGCUCCACAGAAUACAUCUGUUAGACAGCUAAACAAAUAUAGCUACUAAGACAUUUUUUCUUGAACCAUACAUGGUUGUAGCACAUGGUGUUGCUAAGGAACUCUCCAGGCAGAGACAAGUUUUGCCUAAUCAGUCCCAAACUAAGUGGCCAAAAAUGCUGCCUUUAGUUUGGCAACAUCAUUGUCUUGCCAGACCUAGGAGUUGCAAGAUAUUUUUGCAACGAACAAAACAAAGGAAAGUGCUGGUCAUUUUAUUUCUUUUGUUUGGAGCUAAGUGGAAGUGUAGCACUGUGUUGGCUACUUCACAGUUACAGAAACCUGAAACAGUACUACAAAUUAAGAUAUACUUGAAAAAUGGGCUUAAUUUUAAACUGCCGCUGUGUGUAGCCAUCCCAUUAAAUGUGAACGUCUAAUAUGUAUGCAUUCACCUUGCCUCUUGCACAAAUGUCAGAAAAUGAUCCCAAUCAAUCAUUUUCAGGUUGGUUUUUCCUCCUACUUUCUCAAGCCUAAACAUAACCAUGAGUCAAAUAUGGCAACUGUGCAUAUAUCACCAAUAAAUUCAACCUAUAUGUAUUUUGUUUGUGUGAAGAAUAUAUGUCCCCUACACAUGAACAUGCACGUAAUGAUUCUCAUUGCAAUUUCUAAGCUGUGGAAUGGUUUAUAUUGAGCAUGGAAGAAAGUGACCUUCCAAUAAGCCUCUGCUGGGGAUAUAGCUAUGAGAAACAGAGAUGUGCCUCUUUCCUGCCUUCCAGAUGAUUUAACUUGGCUGAGCAAGGUACCUCGUACAAGAAUGUUAAAGAUUCUUAGAAUUGUUAUGCUGCUAUUUAACCAAUAUUGUAUAUUUCACUGGAAACACUACUCGGAAUCUUCGUUGAAGGCUGUAUCUUUCUAGAAUUGGAACGUGGCUCAUUCUAGAUCGCCAUUGGUAAUUCAAUACCGAUACAAUUGCCUAUUGGCAGAUGCAGCCCCCAUUUGCUAAUGCACUGAAAAUGUAACAUAGUACUUUCUAAAAUUAUUGAAAGUUUGUGUCCUGUUCACUAGAAGAGCCCUUCAACAUGGUGGAUACCACUGUGGUACUUAGAAAUGUUUGUUCCCCCUACUCCCUUCUAUAAAGGUCAGGCUGGCCCAACUAUAGGGUAGUUAGCUCUACAGUAGUGCAAUGAAAAUGUUUGUUUCAUGUGUGAGUGUCCGCCAAGGUCAUGCAGGUAAUGACAAAAACAUGUAAAUAUGUGUGAGGGUACCUGAAUCUGUGCAUCUUGUGCCUUAUUCAUGAAUAAAUUUACUAUAGUCUGUCAAGUAUCUUCAGUAUAACAUGCCAUAUUAUCCGAGUAUCAGAAAGGAACAUUUAUAACAAGCCCCUUCUAUCCCUGAAUAUAAAGAAAGACAAUGUUUGCUAUUUAGAUUACAGUAAGCCAUUAUUUAUCUAGGGCGGCAUUCCGCUCUAGAACAACGAGGAAUCAAAAUCUUUUUAAAAUAAAACAAAGAUUUCUAGGCUAAUUCACCACCUGCUAAAACAAUGUAAUGUUAGACAGUUUCAAGUACCUACUUGUGACUUGUGUUCAACACAGAUGGCUAUUUUAGUUGAAAAAAAAAAAAUCACAUAAGCAUAUUGUUUAUUGAGUAUAAUUUAGAGCAGCGGUUGAAAUUGCCUUAGUACAACAAAAUAGAGA